AUGGGAAACCAAAAUAGUACUCAACAGCAUCAAAUAGAGAUUGAGAACUUAUGGUCCUUCCAACGCCGCGGGAUGGAACAGGCUAGCGACUUCAAAAGCGGCCUGUUCUCCCUCGCUCGCGUUAGGAAGAUGAUGAAGGUCGAAGAAGACGUUGACCGGAUCUCGGCCGAGGUGCCGGUUGUCUUGGCCAAGGCAUGUGAUCUCUUCAUCCGUAAUAUCACCCUUCAAUCAUGGCACCAAGCUCAGAAAAAUAAGCGUUCUACCAUCCAAGGCCAAGACAUCAACUCCACCAUGGAUUCCUUUAGGGAUGCUUGCCAUAACAUUGAAUAUUUUAAGAGAUUAAUGAGCGCAGCUUAG